GCGAAAGUUGCUUAACUUCAACGAUCGCAGCCGAACGCGCUAACCACCCGCGCCAUCGAGCUCCUCUGAGAGGAGCUGACGGAAACUGAAAAACUUAAAGAAAUUAAUGAUAUCAAUGAACUGUACUGAACUACUUUGUAAUUCGCAUAAUUACAUGCAAAGGUUGUAUUUAAUUCAGACUUACGCAUCACUGAUUUCGCGGUAAAAAGCAUAUAAGUGGAGUUGUGAAAAACAAUGCAGUUCAUUUUGUUCGCGAUGCGGGUCGAAUGGUCGAUAUUCUUGUGCUUUUUUCUGGUGAACAGGGCGCAGUUAAGUGAAGGCUACUACAGAUACGACAAUGUUACCAUCGACAGAGCCUCACGGCAGCUGAGGGAGUUCAAAAAUGCACACCCUUUACCAAUUGGAGUUGUAACAACGGAAGCCGGAGCGCCGGUGGACAUAAGAGACGCAACGACCAUCAAUUCGGACAUAUUCAACAGUGAAUUCUUCACGGACACUUUAUCGCAUGGAGUCGGCGAAACAAUCCCUGAACGCGUCGUCCACGCACAAGGUCACGGAGCAUACGGCUAUUUCCAAGUCACCAACGAUGUCUCUAUGUACACUAGCGCCGAUGUAUUCAACGGCAUCGGAAAAAAGACGCCAGUCUUCGGAAGGUUUUCGACGGCACGAGCCAGCAUCAACGGCAACGAACUCGGACGCGACCACAAAGGCCUCGCCGUCAAAAUGUACACCAAAGAGGGCAACCUAGACUUCUUAUGCGUCCACAUCCCCGUCUACGAUUACAGAGACCCGCUGGACUUCGCAAACUUCGCACGGACUACCAGACAAAACCCCAGGACUAAUCUGGUCGAUUUCAAUAUGAACUGGGACUUCGCACUGCUCAGAGCUUCGCGUUUGCACGCUGUCAUGUGGCGAUUAUCCGAUUACGGUAUACCGCAAGGCUUCAGGAGAAUGGACAUAUUUCCUAUCCACUCUUACGAAAUACACAACAAGAAAGGCGAGAGAUUCCUCGCGAAAUUCAGCUUCCGCACAGAAUUGGGAUUGGCCAAUCUGACGACUUUCCAAGCCCAAGCUAUCGCUAGUCAGGACAUGCAAUUCUUCAGCCGAGACCUGUAUAACGCCAUUGGCAACAAAAAUUACCCGACUUGGAGACUGGAAAUGGACGUCAUGAAUUUGGACGACGUUAGAAAACUCAAUUUUAACCCCUUCGAUGUCACACGUCUUUGGACAGUUGGGACGUAUAAGACUGUCACUGUAGGAAGGCUGGUGUUUAAUGAAAACAUUGAUAACCAUUUCAGAAAUGUGGAGCUUAGCGCGUUCAAUCCUGCGAACAUGGUGCCUGGUAUUCCCGGGCCCGUGGACACUAUGUUCAAAGGAAGAAGAUUUGCGUACCGAGACACUCAGAACCAUCGAUUGGGCAGAAAUCAUAACAGAAUAGAAGUGAACAUGCCUCUGCACGCGUUGACUUACACGCGGGAUAGCAAGCCACCCGUGAGAGACAAUAUGCGUGAUGCUCCGAGCUUUUUCCCCAACUCAUUCAACGGACCCGUGCCUUAUGUCGAGUCCAGCCGGCCGAGUCAGAAAUUUAUGAUAUUCGAACAGAAUUCAGUCGACCUGGCCCCGGCGUGGUUCUUCUAUAAUCAAAUCUUGAAAGAUGAUUCCGAAAGGCAGAGGUUAAGUAAUAAUCUUGGUGACACGCUGUUGGGUGUUGAUGCUGAAAUACGAGAGAGGGGCUUCGCGGUCUUGAGUUGGAUCGACACAGAUCUGGCGAGAAGAGUGGAGGAGAGGUAUAACAUAGUCAGCAGAGCGGCUGAAAGAAGAGCUCGCCAGGAUGUCUCGACGAGAUUCAACCCUCUGGCUAGAUGCUUAGAGGCGUUUUUGUUAGGGCAAUUGACGCAUCAUUGCUAAACGCCCACGGCCUGAAUACAAAACGGAGGCUAAAGUUAAACCUGGACUCAAACUGAUGCUGUCACUUUUGCUUGCUAAAAAGAAGACAAAGACAAGAUUAGGUUUAAACCAAGACUAAUUUUAGUCCGCGAUUUGUAGUAUCCUUACUACAAAUCGCGUUCAGAGUUUCAAAAGGUUUGCGUCUUCGUUUUCUACCAAAAUUUUUGUCAUGAAAUCUCCAACUCGAAAUCUUCAAAUGUAGAAAUUAAUAUGAAUUAGAUUUCUUCUGAUUUGCUAACCAACUAUUAAAGAACUCUAAGACAAUAAUGUACUUUAUUUAACAAGUUUCAAUGACACAUGUUUUCUAUGUAAAAGUAAAAUUAAUUUGUAGCUCUCAAAUUGGCAACCUUUACGACAGACAAUACAAGUUUUUUAAUUGUCAAAUGGUGGUUUUAAAUAUAUCUAAGAUUGGGGAAUCAUAUAUCCGUUAGAAAAUUAGUCAGAACCGUCUUAACUCGAGACGUUCUGUAUUUUUUAUGGUAUUCUAUACUUGACUGCCCACUUAAUAAGUACCGUGGUAGAUUCACUUCGAAGUAUUUGUGAAAUGAAACUUCUUUCCGAGCGGGGUGUAAAUGGAAAAGACCUGUGGAAAAGAUGAAACGGAAAUGCGUCACGGGUAUAUGCGUGUGUGUGUGUGUGUGUGUG